GCUCGGAAAGAGUCAUUUCAUUCAUUCAACUUUUUGGAGAAAAAGUUACAUAUACCGAGUAAAAAGCUGUUGAUAUCUUCUUUGCUUUGGAUCUCCCAUAUUCAUAUUCAUAUUUCAUAUCUUUGAAUACCUCCUUCUCUUCAACAUGUCUACAUUCGGUCAAUAUUUCAAAGUUACUACGUACGUACACACUCAAUUCAGUUAAUUGAUUCAUCAUUACCCAAGUUCGAUGACAAAGUUACCCCUCCAUCUCAAGAUCAACAUUGCAUACUAACUUCUCUUCCUCUUCACAGCUACGGAGAGUCGCAUUGUCGCUCUGUAGGAUGUAUAGUCGAUGGAGUUCCACCAGGAAUGGAGCUCACAGAAGCAGACAUUCAACCUCAAAUGACUCGUCGUCGUCCAGGUCAAUCUGCCCUUACUACUCCCCGCGAUGAAAAAGAUAAAGUCGAAAUUCAAUCUGGAACGGAAUUUGGAAUUACCCUUGGUACACCAAUCGGCAUGAUUGUUCGUAAUCAAGAUCAGCGGCCACACGAUUAUGGAAACAAAACAAUGGAUCUCUACCCUCGCCCUUCUCACGCAGAUUGGACAUACCUCGAGAAGUACGGUGUCAAGGCAAGCAGUGGUGGUGGAAGAAGUAGCGCAAGAGAAACAAUUGGUAGAGUGGCAGCAAGUGCAAUUGCUGAAAAAUACCUUAAACUCGCACAUGGAAUCGAAAUUGUCGCAUUUGUCUCUUCCGUUGGCAGUACGCAUAUGUUCCCACCCACCGCCGAACACCCAAGUCCUUCCACAAACCCCGCUUUUCUCUCACUCAUUCAAGACAUAACACGAGAGCGUGUUGAUGAAUUUGUUCCGGUCCGCUGCCCUGAUACCAAAGCAUCUGAGAAAAUGGCCGAAGUCAUCGCAGAAUAUAGAGAUAAACAAGAUAGCAUUGGAGGAACUGUUACUUGCGUUAUUCGUAAUGUUCCAUCCGGCCUUGGCGAACCUUGUUUCGAUAAAAUGGAAGCAAUGCUCGCUCAUGCAAUGCUCAGUAUUCCUGCCUCCAAGGGUUUCGAAAUCGGAUCCGGUUUUGGUGGUUGUGAAGUUCCGGGAUCCAAACAUAAUGAUGCAUUCAUCCUUGCUACUGAGGUUCCACCUCUGGAGACCGGAGCAUCAAAGAAUGGAAUCCCACGUCCUAGAUUAACAACCAAGACAAAUAACUCUGCUGGUAUUCAAGGAGGAAUCACAAAUGGUGCACCAAUUUACUUCCGUGUAGCAUUUAAACCCGCUGCCACCAUUGGUCAACCACAAGAAACCGCUACUUACGACGGUACUGGUGCUGGUAUCUUGGAAGCGAAGGGUCGUCAUGAUCCAUGCGUUGUUCCCCGAGCAGUACCUAUUGUAGAAGCCAUGGCAGCUCUAACAGUUAUUGAUGCAUUAAUGGCACAACAAGCUCGUCAAACCUCUAGAAGUCUUUUACCUCCUCUCAAGAACAUUGUACCUGCGAAGUAUACAGUAGUUGGUGGUGAUGCUGCGAAGGAGAAGAUGGAGAUACAAGAUAAGGGAGUUGCUGGUGGUAUUAAUGAGGAAGUUUUGAAUGGAUUAAAUUAACUUAUGUUUGACAUACGAUUUGUAAAUAAUUUUGUAGAAUACAAGCGGUAUAUAGACCUGUUUUUUUGUUUUGGGUGUUUAAAUUAUUUGAUUAACCUAGGGAUAAAAAGAAGUUAACAAUAUAGAUCCC